AUGGACCAUCCUGGCAGGGAGAAGGAUGAGAGGCAGCGGACGGCCAAAGGGAUGCCAGGAAGGAGCGGCCACGGCUCCCGCCCCAGCUCCUCAGCCUCCUCUGGUGUCCUCAUGGUGGGACCCAACUUCAGAGUGGGCAAGAAGAUUGGGUGUGGGAACUUUGGAGAACUCAGACUAGGUAAAAAUCUCUACACCAAUGAGUAUGUAGCCAUCAAACUGGAACCAAUCAAGUCACGAGCACCACAGCUGCACCUGGAGUACAGGUUCUACAAACAGCUGGGCAGUGCAGCUGAAGGCCUGCCCCAGGUGUAUUACUUUGGACCCUGUGGGAAGUACAAUGCCAUGGUACUGGAGCUGCUUGGUCCUAGCCUGGAGGAUUUGUUUGACCUCUGUGACAGGACAUUCACGCUGAAAACGGUGCUGAUGAUUGCCAUCCAGCUGAUCUCCAGGAUGGAGUACGUGCAUUCCAAGAACCUCAUCUACCGCGACGUCAAGCCUGAGAACUUCCUGAUCGGCAGGCAGGGCAACAAGAAGGAGCACAUCAUCCACAUCAUUGACUUUGGCCUGGCCAAGGAGUACAUCGACCCCGAGACCAAGAAACACAUCCCCUACCGGGAGCACAAGAGCCUGACGGGCACCGCCAGAUACAUGUCCAUCAACACCCACCUGGGCAAAGAGCAAAGUCGCCGUGACGACCUGGAGGCCCUGGGCCACAUGUUUAUGUAUUUCCUACGUGGCAGCCUGCCCUGGCAAGGACUGAAGGCUGACACCUUAAAAGAGAGGUAUCAGAAGAUUGGGGACACAAAGAGAAACACUCCAGUUGAAGUUCUCUGUGAGAACUUUCCAGAGGAGCUGGCCACCUACCUGCGCUACGUGCGGCGCCUGGACUUCUUCGAGCGGCCAGACUACGACUACCUGCGCACCAUCUUCACCGAGCUCUUCGAGAAGAAAGGCUACACCUUCGACUAUGCCUAUGACUGGGUGGGCAGGCCCCUGCCUACUCCAGUGGGAUCUGUGCACGUGGACUCUGGGACCUCUGCAGUGACAAGAGACAGCCAUGUCCACAGGGACCGCCCCUCGCAGCAGGCCCUGCGCAACCAGGCGUCGGAGCGCCGCGGGGAGUGGGAGAUCCAACCCAGCCGGCAGACCAACACCUCCUACCUGACCUCCCACCUGGCUGCCGACCGGCACGGCGGCUCCGUGCAGGUGGUGAGCUCCACCAACGGGGAGCUGAACGUGGACGACCCGACGGGAGCGCACUCCAACGCGCCCAUCACCGCGCAGGCCGAGGUGGAGGUGGUGGAAGAAGCUAACUGCCUGAAAAUGCUCAACUUGUGGUGCUGCUGCUUCUUUAAGAGGAAACGGAAGAAGACGGCGCAACGUCACAAGUGA